AUGAAGGUCGAGCUGACAAUGCAGUACCUGGACGAGUGGAUGCUCCGCUGGCGCAAAUUCCAGACGGAGAGCGACUGGCGGAUUGAGAAGAACCGCCAGUGGUGGCGGCAGGCAAACAUUGUGACUGCCGGUGCGGUGAUGGGCAGCCUUGUUAUGUACACCGCCGGCACUGCGACCAUCCGCCGCCAGUUCGGCGCCCCUCACUUUUUCGACGUCGGUGUGGACGCUAAGAUCAAGGAAGCCAUCUGCGAUACCAUAACGAGCCGCUGGCGCUACACCCCACAGGGGUACGGACGUCUGAUGGUGGUGGGGCUGCCCACCUUCUUCGUCUUCGCUAUUUCCGAGCACAUCCAGGAGCGCAGGCGCCUCCGCGCCUACGUGAGGCAGAAUACCGUGUUUGGCGAGCAGGCGCGCCGCCUUGUGCAGAAUGGCAAAAUCGAGGAAUACCUCGCGGUAGACAUCAAGGCCUCGCUCCCUCAGAACCAGACGCAGCUUUACGCGUAA